AGAGGGGUAAGAAACUGAAGCGACCGAGGUUUUGCCCCCAAAUCCCCCCACCCCCCUCACGCGCACCUCGCCGCCGCCGACCCCUCCCCCUCCCUCCCCCCUCCACCAACCCCCGUCGCAGCCGCAGCGCAGCGCAGCACCGCAGUCGCCCGUCGCCCCCGAUGGCGACCGCCGCCGGCCUCGUGAGCGGGCUGUCGGCGAAGGACGAGAUUAGGGAGGUGGAGAUGGAGAUCAUGAACCCGCCGGAGGAGGCGGCGGAGCGGGCCGGGCUGAAGAGGGCCUGGGGCUACGCGAACGCCGGCAGUUCUCAUGGUUUUAUUGGAGUGACUACUGCUGAAAAGGAGCCAACACUCCUGCCUCAUAACAAUGUCAAAUAUCUGAAGAAAGCUGGCAGUGGCAAUCUUCUACGUCCGGAUAUGCCAGAUACUAAUGCUUGGAGAUUUAGUAGCUCAUCUCCUGGUGGAGAUCUGGGGAGCAAAACCAGAACCCCUACGGGUACCUUUAAUGCUCAAGGCCAGUGCAAGAAAGGAAAGAAUUGCACUUCUCCUCAUGAAAGAGAGGGUUCUGGUUUUGGUAACCUGUGGAGUCAAGAAGAAAAUGCUGGUUCACUCACAUCAGUUGGUUAUGGGAAACAUAGAGGCUCUGAAGAAGGAUUUGAAGCACAAUGUGUAUCCAACUUGAAUGAUCUGCACAACUAUGGGCGAUAUAGGACCCUCAUUCAUUCUUAUGGCGCAGAUCAUAGGGGGCUGGCUCAUAACUCGCCCAACCUAAAUAUUUCAGAGGAGAGGUCUUGCAGAACUGAUAAUUUCUGGACUACAAAGCCUACCCCUCCUGUAAAUGAGCUGGUGCAGAUCUCAGUUCAAGGGAAAAACCACAAACCUAGUCUCAUGGGACACCAUAUUAGUUUGCCCUCUGAUAGCUACUUGGAUGGCAGGGAAACCUUAAGUAGAUUGCAUUUAGAUGGAGCAAAGCUGUUGCCGGAUCUGAAUGUGGCUAAAGCAAGCAGCCUAAGUGAUUCUCAUGUCUCUGAUUAUUGGCAUCGACCAUUUUACUCAUCUGUUUCAUUUGACUAUCCCCAGUAUGGUGAGAAGCGAUCUGCUUAUGGUGGACCAACAGAAAAUCUUCCUCACAAACAUCAGAAAGAACAUAGUUCAAGCUUUGCCUCAUACAGCUCAAACAGUAUAACAGGGUUCAGAAGUCCAGGCCACAAUAGCUCUGUUCAUUCCUUGGGUAGCCAACCUUCUCGAGGAAUUACUCACCUAGGAAUGACGUCCCUUCAUCAGUUAACACCUGGUAUCGAGAAAUUUGGUCUCCAUAAAGAUGUAUAUUUUGACAAGGGCUGUGGUACAUCUAGGCCUGGGUUACGUGCAAGCAGUUCAUGUCAGCCUGAGCACCUUUCCCCAAUCAAGGAUGACCCUUGGGUAACUUCAGUGCCUUUUGUACCUCUUGUUGAGUUUCCCAACAGUACAUCACCUUCAAAUAGUCCAUAUGACCCACUUGCUGACAGUAUGAACCCUCCCAAAGUUGAGAGUGGCAAUAUUCUCAAGUCCUCCAACAUAUCCUGCAGCAUUUCAAGUCAGCACACUGCUGGGAAUGGUGUUAUAGAUGGAGACAUCAACAAAUCAUUGAUUUAUGAUAAGUUGGCAAGGAAUAUGUCGGCAAAAGGGUCAAAUGAGUUUGCAGGCUUGGUUGCACCUGGUAAGGAACGCUCUAGUCUGGAUGGCGAUACUUUGGUGAAAGCUUUUGAAAGAACCAAAGAUUAUUUCCGUAUUCAUUUGGCAGAACAUGUGAAGGAGUUGCUGAAACCUAUUUGGAAGGAAGGCAAACUGAGUAAAGAUGCUCAUAAACUGAUAGUAAAAAAAUCUGUUGACAAAGUUCUUGCUACAGUUGACCUGCAUCAAGUACCAGCUACUAAAGAAUUGAUAACUGAUUAUAUAACCAUGUCUGGAACAAAGAUUGAAAAGCUUGUGAAGGCAUAUGUUGAUAGGCAUGGUACAAGAUGAGAUCCAGACUUCUAAAUGCUGAGCUCCAUCACCAUAGAUAUGGGCUUUCAGCAAACACCUUUCCGAUGUGAUUAAUCUGCAGUCCAAUGUUGCUAGGCCUGAUCUGCAGUCCAAUGUUGCUAGGCCUGAUCUGCAGUAGGUAUUGAGUUGCAUAACCCUGGCUGGUUUACAGGCUUAGUCAGACUAUGUAGUAGUACUUUGUGGUGGAGUUUUAAUUUAAUGUAUGCCUGUUAGCUGAGAGGACAUCUAGUGCAACCAAUGUAGAAACCUUGCUGCAUGUGUGGUUAAUCUAUGGACUGGUACUUAAAUAGUGUUGUUGAAUCUGUUUGAAGUAUUCAUCUUGCUUAAA